CUGGCCCCAUCCUCUUGACACUCACCCUGUACAUAUUUAUAAGCAUUCAUAAGAUCCUCUCUGUCUUCUCUUCUCCAGGCUAAGAUGACACAGGUUUCUCAGCCUUUCAUCGUAAGAGAGAUGCUUCAGUUCCUUGAUCAUUUUGGUGGCUCUCCACUGGACUCUCUGCAGUAGUUCCCUGUCUUUCUUGAACUGCUGUCCUCUGUAAGAAUUAAGAAUUUUGUAGCCUAUUUUCCUAGAUACCUUUUGUGGGUUUUUACACAAGAGAACAUGAAUAUUCCAGGUGUAAUCAUUGUACUUAAAGAGUAGGUAACCUUUGGUAUCUAUUGCUACCUUCCCCAUCCCCAGGUGGAGGUUAAGGUUUUACAUUAAUCCAUUGAUUGAAGACUCUUGCAGAAGUGCAGCACAGCAAAUGACCUGCCUUAUACCUGUCUGUGAGGCUAAGAAAGGUUUGCCAAAGCUCACAUCCCUUCUGUUUGUUGUACAGCACUUCUGACAGUGGUUCAGCUCCUGAUGGAAGAGCAAAACAUUAUCACAGAGGUCCCAGCAGCCCUAAAGCGCCUGGCCAAGUACAUGGUGCGUGGCUUCUAUGGAGUAGAGUUCUCCUUGGCCCUUGAUAUACUGAUCCGCUACUCCUGUGUGAAAGAAGAUGACUUGUUACAGUUGCUCAAGUAUGAACGUAAACAACUGCGUGCCAUACUCAACACGCUCAAGGCAGACAAGUUUGUGAAGAUGCGAAUGAGAGUUGAAACGGGGCCUAAAGGGAAGAGCACAAGGCACAAUUACUAUUACAUCAAUUACAAAGUGCUAGUGGAUGUGGUAAAAUACAAGCUAGACCAUAUACGCCGGAAGAUAGAAGCAGAUGAGCGGGAUUCAACUACCAGGUCUUCUUUUAAAUGUCCAUCUUGCUCCAGCACUUACACGGACCUAGAAGUCAAUCAGCUCUUUGAUAUAUUUACAGAGACUUUGCGCUGCACUUACUGCCACACUGAAGUAGAGGAAGAUGCCUCAGCACUUCCUAAGCGUGAUGCUCGAAUCUUGCUAGCAAAAUUUAAUGAGCAACUUGAACCUAUCUUUGUGCUACUGCGCGAGACCGAAGAUAUUGCUCUGCCAUAUGACUUACUGGAGCCUCUGCCAACAGAAAUACCAGAAUUAUCAGGAAGCUUUGAUCAGGUGGGUGCGAGUGUGCUGGAAUCCUGCAGCCAUCCUGAAAAAUGGGCCAACAGAUGUUCCUCUUUUGGCAAUAUGCACACCCAAAACUUAGUUAUUGAUGUCCAAGACUCUGAGCCCAAGAAGAAAACAAAAGAAAAAGCCGUUAAAGAGCAACCUAUAUGGAUGUCUCAGGGCACCAUGGAAGGAGAAACAACAGCCACCAACAAUAGUGUCGGAGUAAAUGCUACUGAAGAAAGUGUUAAAGAAACUGUCACUGAUAAUGAAAUCAUCAAGACUCUUCUGAUCCAUGAAUCAAAGUCAUUGAUCAAUCAGUCUCCUGUUGUCAUAAGCAAACUACCUGAAUCGGGCAGUGGUACGAGCGAGUCUGAAGAAGAUGCCAAGCACUCAAGAACAGGAAUGAAAGUGGCAGACAACAAUACUGAACAAGAGGAGGAACCAGAAACAGAAGGUCUCAUUUUAAUGGUAGCUGGUCAGCCUUAUUCGUAUGGCGAGGUUAGUGAAAAUCCAGCCCUUGUUUCUCUCAUGACAAAUGAAGAGAAAGAAGCUUAUAUAAAAGUAGGCCAAGAAAUGUUCCAGUCUGUCUUUGAAUAAAUACUACUGUACGAAUAUGCAAACUUGCACAGAAGGGGUACAGGCAACUUUUGAAAUAAAUAAGACAGUUAAUUUAAUAGUUUAACUUAUGUUCUUCAAAGUUUACCAGUAAAGAGUUAAGUUUUGUUUGAACCCUUUGCUAUUAUGCAAGAUGGUAUUGCUGUAGUAGGUAACUAGAGCAAGAACAACCACAAGUUACUGUGGUUUUUCUGUUGUCUUAAUGCUUGGACUCUUUGAAUGCUGUAAUUAGUUUUGAAGCAUAAAUUACUUCAGGAUACAAUGGGAUCUGAUUAAAACAUAUAUUAAAAGGAGAUGUUUGAAUCUGUUAUAAGAAAUCUAUUAUCCCACCUUCCUCCUAGGACCAGCAGAUACUUCCAUAGUGAAAAUGAAAUUCCAUGCCUAUGUGCUCUGUUGUUUUGUUAGGUCAUUUCCUAUGCAACGCUUACAGACAGAUCUUCAUACAACUUCUCUCUAAGGGAAGAGCUAUUACUAAUCUGUUUUAGCUAUAGAAGAAAAGCAGCUCUGGCCUCAACUUGCAUCUUUACAAAGAAUUCAGGUAAUUAUUUUUCUUACUGCUCCACAGAGCUGGCUCUGGAACUGCAAUGGAUACUGCACAGUAAAAUAUAACAUUCAUUUUAGUGCAGAUUGGUAAGAAAGCAAGCAAUGUAUCAAGCAGAAGACUCUGCUUCUUUCAUUCAUGCACUCUCCUGUCCUCUUUUUAAACCAGAGGCCACGAAGAUGAUCAGAGGGCUGGAGCACCUCUGCUAUGAGGACAGGCUGAGGGUUGGGGUUGUUCAGCCUGAAGAAGAUGGAAAAGGCGCUGGGGAGACCCCCUAUAGCAGCCUUUCAGUAUCUGAAAGGGGCCUACGAGAAA